AGCCGGGGUCUGCAGCAGCCUGUGCAGCUCCUGACCCUAAGCUUCCUGCAUCCUUGACCAUCCAGCAUCGGACUCAAAACUGGGCUGCACACGGAAGCAGAGAGGCCCAGAAAAGCAGAAGUGGGCACAGGGCAAUCGAACCCUCAGCGAGGAGGCUUGACCGUGUCCGCACGUAGGGCCUGGCGCUGCUGCAGGCUGGGUCUGUGCGGAGAAAUGACUCCGAGGAGGGGGGCCACAUGGCUGAUUCCAGCUCUGUUCCUUCUCCAGGUCCCAGGCUGUUUGUCUCUGAGCGGCCCCAGGCGCGUGACGGGCACCGUGGGGGGAUCGCUGAGCGUGCAGUGUCGGUACGAGAAGGAGUUCAAGGAAAAUAACAAAUACUGGUGCAAAGAGCCAUGUGUGGCAUUGCUGAGGACGAAGAUUGUGGAGACCACAGAGUCAAAGAGAGAAGUGAGGCGCGGCCGCGUGUCCAUCAGGGACCAUCCAGCAAAGCUCACCUUCACAGUGACCUUGGAGAGCCUCACAGAGGGCGAUGAAGGCAGAUACAGAUGUGGGAUCGAGAGACCAUGGACAGAAGGCAUUAUAGACCUCACCUUCCAGGUUGUGGUGUCUGUGUCCCCAGCCCCCACCCUGAAGAUCGUCACAAGCACCGUGGAUCCUCCAAGCACCCUGGGUCCUCCAAGCACCCUGGGUCCUCCAAGCACCCUGGGUCCUCCAAGCACCCUGGUUCCUCCAAGCACCCUGGGUCCUCCAAGCACCCUGGAUCCUCCAAGCACCCUGGUUCCUCCAAGCACCAUGGACCCUCCAAGCACCCUGGAUCCUCCAAGCACCCUGGGCCCUCCAAGCACCCUGGGCCUUCCCUCCUCCCUGCCAACGAACACCAGGCCCAGUGUGACCAGCCAGGAGACGCCUGAUGCCAGCCAACACCCUCGGUCCCUGCUCAGCAGUGUCCACUUCCUGCUCCUGGUCUUCCUGAAGGUGCCCCUGCUCCUGAGCAUGCUCAGUGCUGUUCUGUGGGUGAACUGGCCUCAAGGGAGCUCUGGGGGGAGGCGGAGUCAGCCGUGCUCUGAGAACCAGUGACACUUGCUCCAUUGAUGCCCCACACAAGAGCACAGCCCCGCUGUGGAAGGGAAGGACCUUCUGACCAAUCAAUCCAGUGUCAUUGUCCAUGAUUCUGUGGGAAUAGUCUGUGAACUGAUUAGAGAGUUUUUCUUGCAAUGUAUCCGAUACACACAAAAGAUUCCUAAUAAAUGCAUACUCAUU